AGACAGCAGCUGCUUCACAGGUAGAGAGACGGCGUACACAAAACCUCAUGAGCGGGCCACACGAUGGCUCUCUACCAGAAGAAGCCCACUUCAAGCCCCACCACGCCCCAGACCAUGUCUCGCUGGUCAAGAACAAGAGCACGCCCAAUCUGCUGACAAUGUCGCGCGCCCCGCCGGCGAUAAAUACGGCCAAGCGUUUGAGCAUCGAUGCGGGGCAGCUGGACCGCAUGGCGAGGUCACCCAUCCUCCCCGAACACGAGCAUGGCCUGGGAGUGUCCGGUCUGCGCCGCAUCCGCCAGCAGCCAGGCCCCAGGCUCUCCACCGCCCAGCGCGCAUCAUCACUGCAGUUUGCGACGCCGCCUGCCUCGAGACGCCCCUCUGGCGCCGACCCUUCGGCACCAGCGUCCCCGACCUUUGCUUUCGGAGAGGAUCUCACGCGGUUUCCCUCCGAGUCGUUGCACUCCUUCUCGUUCGCGACACAGUCUGAGGACUUCAUACACAACCGUCAGGCCGUGCUGAAGCGUUCGAUUGACUUCAUGCGCGACAGGCUGGGCUGGGCAGCCACCAACCCUGGGAUAGCAAAUGCCCAGGCAAAACUCAGCGGUGACCAGGAGGUGCAGAGCAUGAUGGAGCUGUUGACCAGGGCGAAUUUGAUAGGGCAGGAUGGCGCUGGAGCGCACGGUCUGGGGGCAUUUGGCCCGGUCACUGGGCCUGCAGACAUGUCUGGUGAAAACAUGUUCGACAAAAGCUUUAAAGAUGCUCGAUCGGAUAGCCCGGAUACCAUGCUUGAAACAUCAAGACCGUCGGUGUACAGGGCAACGACUACGGACAUCGCAGGAACAGCCGACAAAGAAAACAGACAAGACGCCAGAAGUCCGACAGACCUCACCCCGGGAAAACUCGGCCUUCAGACCCCGCAGAGCCCUUCGUCUCCGAAACGGCCGCAGCGUGCUGCCCUGAAACGAACAUUGACAGAUGUAGCACCUCUGACACUACAGAGUCAGCUCAACGAUGCCAUGGCGCAACCAUAUUUGGUAGGAGAUCAUGGGCAGACUAGCCUUGUGACAUCUCCAACAACUAUGCCGACUACAUCGCCAAGCUUCAACCAAUCAUCUGGGCCUCAUUCUGCAGGACCAGCCCCGCACGGCCACGGGAUGAGACACGCACCGGCUGCUCAAGCCAUCUUCACCACCGAAGCACAGGCACCAUGGACAAUCACUGCUGCAAACGAUUUAGCUUGCUUAGUAUUUGGGGUCACAAGAGCGGAAGUCCGCAAACUGGGCAUAUUGGAAGUCGUGCGAGAGGACCGGCGGAAGUGGCUCGAAGAGAAGUUGAAGAAUCCCGAUCUUGGUUCAAAGGUGCCACGCGAGGCUCCCCAACCGCCGAGUCAACCCUCUCAUCUCAAGGUCGGUAAUGGACUUACAGCGCGAUUACUCAGUAAGCCCUCGUCACGUGUAGCGCCUGGGAAAAAGGCGAAAACGGAUGAUGGGAGCGGCUCGUCGUACUACAACGCGAAGAAGACAGGAAAACUGAACCACGAGUCUAAAGGGUCACGGGGUGUCCUGCUCUGCGGUGAUGUCAUUCCCAUUCAAAAGCGCAAUGGUGCGACUGGGGCUGCCAGUCUAUGGGUCAAGGAAAAACGAGGUGGUCUUAUCUGGGUUCUUGAAGAGAUAGCAGAGGACGUAGUACACAUCAACGUCGAUGAAGUGGGCUGUGUAUCGAAGGGUUGGGGCGCGGUGGAAGCUGUGUUUGGUAGCGAUCGGUUACGGCGAGGCAUGGAUCUCAAACGACUCAUACCUGGUAUUCCACGUCUUCAGGGCACCAACACUGGUGCACUAGAUUACAACAAAAUAGCCGACGAGGGUAGUUACACAGCCCGAACCUCGAACAGCAUCAACAUUCCGGUAAUCGUUGAGGCACUUCCUGGCGAGUCAACAUUUCGUAUUUCAAGCUUCCCACACAUUGCUGGGAUCCUCGUACUUUCAUCCUCCGACCUUACAAUCACAAGUUCGAAUUCCGUCUUCUCAUCAUCACUCUUCGGGCAACCUCGUCCUGAAGGUAUUCACAUAAGCAAGCUCAUUCCAGCAUUCGACAGGAUACUGCACGUCAUGACCGACGAGGACAAGAUCGAAUUGGUGGACGGCAUAGUCAUUCCAGAGCACAGUUUCCGGCGUGCUCGAGCGCUUCUUGCCAUGCGGGAGGGUAGCACAGAUGCAGCGGCCAUCUUCCUCAGACCCAGUGGUCUGCCAGCGAUACAUCACGACGGUUCAGAGAUCAUGAUUGACGUACAGAUGAGGGUUGUUAAGAGCGACAAAAACUCCCGCUUUGAUGAGCAUGUCAUUGAGGAGGAGGGCAGCUCAUCACGACAACCAAACGGUCAAGAGCUUGUGUAUGCUCUGUGGGUUACAUACUCAAGGCAACUGCACGCUACGAACCAUGGUGUUGGGCUGGUCACUCCAAUCGUAUCACGUCCAGGAACACCACCUCAUCAACCUUCACCAGGUCAAGCAAAUAUCAUACAUCCGGAAGAUGCAGAAUCUGAUCAGUCAAAACACAACAGCCCGUCUCGGCCUCUGUCGUUGUUAACGCAGCAGUUUCAGCAAGCAGGUCAAUCCUCGACACCAAGAGAGCCACAAACACGGUCAUCGAAAGCUACAUCACAGAAAGAUGACUCUGCAGAGAAGAAGAGUAUCAACGAUUUUGUGGUCCUGGAAGAGAUGGGCCAAGGCGCUUACGGACAAGUCAAGCUUUGCCGCUAUAAGAAGAACAGCAGUAAAAAGGUCGUCAUCAAAUAUGUUACAAAGCGGCGCAUUCUCGUCGACACAUGGACACGCGAUCGCCGACUCGGAACUGUGCCCCUAGAAAUACAUGUCCUUGACUACCUCCGCCGCGAUGGCUUCAAGCACUCCAACAUUGUGGAGAUGUCUGAUUUCUUUGAGGACGACAUCAACUACUACAUCGAGAUGGUGCCACACGGUCUCCCGGGUAUGGAUCUUUUCGACUACAUUGAGCUCCGCGUCAACAUGGAGGAAAAGGAAUGUCGCAAGAUUUUCGUCCAGGUCGCAGAGGCAAUACAUCAUCUGCACACCAAAGCCAAGGUCGUCCACCGCGAUAUCAAAGAUGAGAAUGUCGUGCUUGAUGGCGAGGGAAAUAUUAAGCUGAUUGAUUUUGGGAGUGCGGCGUAUAUUAAGAGUGGACCUUUCGAUGUUUUCGUAGGGACUAUUGAUUACGCCGCUCCCGAAGUCCUAGCCGGCAAAUCAUACCGCGGCAAGGAACAGGAUGUCUGGGCCCUCGGCAUCCUGUUGUACACGAUUAUCUACAAGGAAAAUCCGUUCUACUCCAUUGACGAGAUUAUGGACCAUGAUUUGCGAGUGCCGUGGGUUAUGAGUGAGGACAGUAUCGACCUGGUUAGGAUGAUGUUGGAUAGGGAUGUGGAGAAGAGGAUCACGAUCAGUCAGGUAUUGGAGCAUCCUUGGUGUCGGUGUGGGGAUGGAGAGUAGGGACUAGAUGGACGUGGGAUGAGGUGAGGGAUUGGUCAAGGAGAAAGAUAUAUAUAUAGAGCAAUAUGGACGGAGUAAGGUCUUAGGACGGGGCGGAACGGAACGGGCAUAGAGAUGACUGAUGAGCGGAUUUAACAUCAUGGGUCUUCGCAGCGAGUUAAGAAUGAGCUCUGGGGUGACUGUCGCGAGUAAGGAUUGUUCGCAUAUGCAUGCGUGUGUUUUAUCACUAAAAUGUUAUACCCGAGAUUCUAACUUGGUCUACUGCUUACGUGUGUGCAUAGUUGUGGGACAUUCGAGUGGGUACUUUGAUGAGGGCUCUCGGUCAAUCGAAAUACCAAGAAUCACGGUCUAGCG